AUGCCGCCAUGGAGUUUAUUCACUUCUCCGACUAAGAAGAAGUCGGGUCAUUCUAAUGGGUCAACCGGUAAGACAGCACAACACCGCCAGGAUCAAGAGUCUGCUCUGAUUGAUAUGUUUGGCAGUUCUAUAGCACCUAGCGGGUUUGCCGGACCUAACAUCUCGACCAUGUCCUCUACUGAGGAGAUCAUGCGGUCUGUAUCUGAGGUAGCAGCUGCUACUACUGUAGCGAAUGGUUCUGUCAAUGGAACUUCUAAUAGCUCUGGCACAAAUGCUGUUGGGGCUGUUGCAGGGAGCACCGAUGAAGAUUCACAUCUUUCAAAAUUGGUAGUUAAAAAAUGUCAUUGCUGUGGAACAAAACUUCAGGUCCCUGAAAAGCUGACGUAUUAUAAAUGUGCUAUUUGUGAGACGUUUUACGACGUCAAACCUGGUGUGAUUACUAGAACUGAAAAUGCUGUGGGUGGUGAGGCAGAUGUGACUGUUAAAGGAAGUGCCAGCGAGAUUACAGGAGCAGCUGCUGCCACGAAAAGCUAUACAUUAUCUAUCGAGGAGAUUGAAAAAGUUAUAGAUCAGAUUAGACGACACAAGGAAAGCAAUCCUGGAGAUAUUAAUACUUUGAAUGAUGAUUAUGCAGAUCUUGAUAGUAUAUUAACAUCGAGCUUAUCCACAGUGGACUCGAUGAAUGAGUCUUUUUCUUUACAUCAGAAACGGGCGAGCUACUCAAGACCAAAUAUUAACUUUACAAAGGUGGAAAUGUUCUACACGUUAAUAAUGAAUUGUCCAGGUUACGAACGGCCAAUGGAUACCAUUCUAACAUGUCAAUUGAACCUUCUCAAACGACUGAGAAAAGUUCUAGAAUCACCUUUUGAUAUUUGCUUUCUUUUGGUAAUACUUGAAAAUCCCAUUUUAUACAUUCCAGCAUUAUUUUCCAAAGCAUCUGCUGCCGACACUACCAAUAGCAUUUUACAAGCACCCAAACCGCGUCCGACUGGACCACCAGAUCCCCUCCUUCGAAUUAGGGUCAUGGCUGUAGAUGUUUUAGAAAGAACUGUGGGUACCAUUGCCCAUGGCAAAAAGGCUUGUCGCCAUUAUUUAUUAAAUUGGUUGUCACGAUACUCGUUGAGCCGAUUCCAAUCAAAAGUCGACUUGUUAAAUGCCUAUGUUGCACACCGUCUUUUAAAGCAUUACCGAACCGUGCAGUCAAGAGCUAGAAUUCAUCCUAUUCCCAAAACCACCACUGCAUCAUCGUCAUCAUCAUCAUCGCAUCGAAAACCGCAUUCCUCGUCCUCGUCAGCAGCAGCAUCUACACCGCCAUAUUCGAGCUCGCCCUCUCCAGCACGGAAUAGAAAGCGAAAGGGCAGUUCGUCAUCUCAAAUAAAACCGGAUUUAUACAGCAGCGACUGGAAAAUAUCUUCAUUCGUCCGGGUCUUGUCAAUAUUGUUCAACGCCAACAGCGUUUCCACGAAUAAAAUACCAGUGUCGAAUUUUUACAAUACCAUGGUGGAUUACGCUGACGUGACCAGCGACUUUGAUGAGUGGCAGAAAACACGACCUUUCACUACUAGUAAUGCGAAUAGCAAUUCUGGCGUCAUACACGGCAAUGCCCUGAUUCCUCAGCUUCCUUUUGCUCCAGGGAGACCACAAUUCUCCUUCUGCCAGUAUCCGUUUCUCUUGUCAAUGGGUUCGAAGACGGAGAUUUUAGAGCACGACGCUCGUCGACAAAUGGAAUUAAAAGCACAGGAAGCAUUUUUCGGGUCGUUGGCUAAUAAAGUGCCCGAGUCGCCAUUCCUGCAUAUCCGUGUGAACAGAAAUUCGCUUCUACAAGACUCGUUUGAAGCUAUUGAUAAAAACGACGAACAUCUGAAAAAGGGACUGAAAGUCGAGUUCAUUGGCGAGCCCGGUAUCGAUGCUGGUGGACUCAAAAAGGAAUGGUUUUUGUUGCUUUUCAAAGAGCUUUUUGAUCCAUCUAAUGCUUUAUUUAUUGAGGACGAGGAGUCUCAUUAUUGUUGGUUCGACGCUAGUUCUGAACAUGCAUUGAAAUAUUAUAAGCUAACUGGCGUGGCUAUUGGUCUGGCACUCUACAAUUCUACUAUUCUUGAUGUCAACCUUCCCUCAGUGCUGUUUAAGAAGCUUCUUUCAUCUCCCUAUUCUAUACAAGAUUUUACAAAACUGUAUCCUUCAUACGGAGCCAAUCUUCAAAAGUUGUUGAAUUACGAGGGUGAUGAUAUCGAGGAGGUGUUUUCACUUGACUUUAGCAUCUGUUCACAGGAUCCCGCCGACCGUUCGAAGAUAAAAGAGACGGUUUUGAUUCCAAAUGGGAAAACCAUUCUUGUUAACAAGUCCAAUCGGCAGGACUAUGUCAAGCGGGUUAUGGCACAUUAUCUGGAUAUAAGUGUUAAGCGUCAGUUCGAGGCAUUCAAGCAAGGAUUUUACAAGGUAGCAGGUGGGAAUGCCCUGUCACUGUUCCGACCAGAAGAAAUCGAGCUGUUGAUCCGUGGCAGUCUAGAGGCCAUCGACGUCGAUGCUCUUAGAUCGGUGACCCGCUACCAGCACUGGGGUCCUAAAGGCUACGAUGCCGAGCAGGAUAUUGUUGUCAAGUGGUUCUGGAAGUUUUUCAAGAACCUCGAUCCUCUUAACCAGCGCAAACUACUCAUAUUUGUCACUGGAUCAGACCGCAUCCCCGCCACUGGCAUCGUCAACAUGCCUUUUAGAAUCUCUAAAAUCGGUGAGGACUCGGACCGGUUCCCUAUCUCACACACCUGUUUCAACCAACUAUGUCUUUACAAAUACUCGAGUAGAGAGAAACUGACGGCCAAAAUCAUGACCGCUAUCAACGAAAGUGAGGGCUUCGGUAUCAAAUAG